UUUUGUGCUCCUAGUAAAUUAAAGCAUGAAUUUCUUCUAUGAAAGAACUGCCAGAAAAGUAUGCCUUUCUUUUGGGACUAAAAAAAUCCAAGAUAAAAACCAUUUUGACGCUAAACCCAGCGCAAAACGAUUACUAACCACUAGUAUAUAUCCAUCCCUACACGCGCUACCACCCUUGUGGAUAAGGCUCUGUCCGUGCACUAGUUAAUUACUACUGCUAAUCGUACCGCGCCGCCGGCCGCCGCCGCCGCCGCCGCCACCGCAGACGUGCGCUGCUCCGCGACUACCACCGCAGUCCGCACUCCGCAGCCAUAUUGUAGUUGUAGCAGCAGCACGCACGCCACGCGCGGACCAGACGUCCAACGAUGACCACAGUGGCGACGACCACCGCGGCGGCGUGGACCAGGGAGGAGGACAAGGCUUUCGAGAACGCGGUAGCGGCCGCCGCGGCGCCGCCCGCCGACGGGCCGCCCGACGAGGGCUGGUUCGCGGCGCUCGCGGCGAGCGUGCCGGCGCGGACGGCGGAGGAGGUGCGGCGGCACUACGAGGCGCUUGUGGAGGACGUGGCCGCCAUCGAGGCCGGCCGCGUCCCGCUCCCGAGCUACGCCGGCGAGGACCCGUCCGCCGCGACGCCCGACAGCGCCGCUGGUGCCGCGUCCGCGCCCAAGGACGGCGGCGGCGGAGGAGGAGGCGGGCACCGGCGCGAGGAGCGGAAGAGCGGCGUCGACGUGGGGAAGAGCUGCUCCAAGGCGGAGCAGGAGCGGCGCAAGGGCAUCCCGUGGACGGAGGAAGAGCACAGGUUGUUCUUGCUGGGUCUGGAUAAGUUCGGCAAGGGCGACUGGCGGAGCAUCUCGCGCAACUUCGUCAUCUCGCGGACGCCGACGCAGGUGGCGAGCCACGCGCAGAAGUACUUCAUCCGCCUCAACUCCAUGAACCGCGAUCGGCGCCGCUCCAGCAUCCACGACAUCACCAGCGUCACCGCGGGGGAGGUCGCGGCGGCCGGCGCCCCGAUCACCGGCGGGCCCGCCGCCGCGGGAGCGAUGCCGAUGGGACCCGCGGGCAUGAAGCACCACCACCCGGGUCCGCCGAUGGGCAUGUACGGGCACGCGCCCAUGGGCCACCCCGUCGCCGGGCACAUGGUGGCGCCCGCCGCCGUCGGCACGCCCGUCAUGUUCCCGCCGGGCCACUCGCCCUACGUCGUGCCGGUGGGCUACCCGGCGCCACCGGCCAAGAUGCACCAGUGAUCGCUUACCUUUCCGGCGUGAUCUCGAUGCUCUUCUUCUUGCUCAUGCAUUUGCACAUCUGCAAAGCUGCAUUUCUUUGCUUGUUUUCUUUCUUUGAUUUUUGAUGAUCUUGUGUAGCCACCGUCCAUCCUUCCCUGAUCUCCCACUGAUGUAACAUAGAUGGCUUGAGUGAGUGCAGGGCAGGCAGGCGAAUAAUAAGUAUCUGCUGACUGUUGCAGGAGCUACUUAUAAUCACACCCAGGGAGGCUCCAGAAACGUGUAAUUAGCAGCAGCCUCCCAGGGUGCAUUGAUCGAUCAUACGUGCAGGGUUGCAACUGGGGACUGAUCGAAUCCAUUUUGCGGAUGUAAAUUGAUUGCCUAUAUCCAUUUUGUGCAGAAAGAUACAUUGAUCGCCAUGGUACAUUUGCCCCCUCAGCAGCCACUGUGUUCAAACAGUGUUGAGUUUAGGGUUGAACUUAUAUUGUUUCAGUUUCAGUUAUGAUCUAUGGUCAGACACUCGGUUAAGAUGGAUUAAAUGUUCGUUUUAUUU